GGCACCAACACGCCCACGACACCGAGCAAAGCGGAUUAAAAUCCCGCAGAGAUGGCAGGAGAGGCUGAGGACGAGAUACCAGAAUCGGGAGCAGUUUUCACUUUUGGGAAGAGUAAAUUUGCAGACAAUGUUCCCAGUAAAUUCUGGCUAAAAAAUGACGUCCCGCUCAAAAUAGCUUGUGGGGACGAACACACCGCCUUCUCCACAGAAAAUGGGAAACUCUUCAUGUUUGGCAGCAACAACUGGGGCCAGCUCGGUCUGGGAUCCAAACUGACUGUGAACAAGCCUACAUGUGUCAAAGCUCUGAAGUGUGAGAAGGUUCAGCUGGUGGCCUGUGGAAGGAACCACACCCUCCUCUGCACCGCUCAGGGAAAAGUGUACGCCUCAGGCGGGAACAGCGAGGGUCAGCUGGGGCUCGGCGACUGCGAGGAGAGGACGGCGUUUCAGCGGUUGGACUUCUUCGAUUCGCACGGACCAAUGAAAAUGCUCGCUGCCGGUUCAAACACCUCGGCUGCUCUGACAGAGGGCGGCAAACUGUUCAUGUGGGGCGACAACACGGAGGGUCAGAUCGGUCUGGGGAAGGAGAGUCACGCCUCCUCGCCGCAGGAAGUCAGCGUGGGACGACCGAUCAGCUGGGUGUCCUGUGGAUACUACCACUCCGCCUUAGUGACAGUGGACGGAGGUCUGUACACGUUCGGAGAGCGGGACAGCGGUAAACUGGGUCUGGGCACCGACCAGCUGCCGCGACACCGAGUCCCUCAGCUGGUGAAGAGCAUCAAGGAGGCGGUGACGCAGGUGGCCUGUGGGGGGGGGCACACUGUGGCGCUCACAGAGGACGACGUGUUCACGUUCGGCCUCGGGCAGUUCGGGCAGCUCGGCCACGGGACGUUUAUAUUCGAGUCUCGGCUGCCGCGUCCCGUGGAGCACUUCAAGAAGGGCCGGGUCCGUCAGGUGGCCUGCGGAGAGAAUCACACGGCGGUCAUCACCGACGCAGGUUUGCUCUACACGUUUGGAGACGGCCGACACGGUAAACUGUGUCUGGGAGAGGAGAACUUCACCAACCAGUUCAAACCGACUCUGUGUCCGCGCUUCCUCCAGUACCACGUCCAGGCCGCCGUGUGCGGCGGCUGUCACAUGGCGGUGCUGGCUCGGCCGCGGGAUCGGAGCCGCGGUGAAGUGACUCUGGAGGAGGACGACGUGACAGAAGAUUACCUGGAGAAGCCGUACGUGGAGCUGCUGGGGGACACGGCCGACUCCUCCACCCUGCAGAGGAGCCUCUCUGCCCGGGUGCGCAGGAGGGAGAGGGAGCGAUCUCCAGAUCAGUUCGGCUCCAUGUUCCGCACUCUGCCCGCCAUGACGCCCGGCUACCUCCACCCGCCACUGCCCGUCUCCCGCCAGACCAUCCCGCCCAGGCUGCCUCCACCUGAGCUGGCCCACAGGAAGGUGCUCAACGGCACUCACCAACACGGGAGCGCAGGGUCGAUCCGACAGGCGCAGGCAGCGGCCGAGACGGACAGCGUUGUGGAGAGCCUGACUGACACCGACAGCGUUAGAGGCCUGGGAGAAACCACAGACUUCCUCAACAUGACACAUGUGAUGAAGAUGGACCCCAGUGAUAAAUCUCUCACCCUGUCUCCAGUGCAGAAGGAUUUGACAAAAGUAUUUUCUCAAACGCAGAGCAAAGGUGAGGAGGAGGAGGAGGAGGAAGAGGACGACGUCGUCGGUGAUGAAGAGGAAGUGGAGAAUGACACGGCGGCUGACACUGAGGGGCCGUCCUCUCAGAGCCUGGACCAGACUCGGAGUCGUAGGCCGGAGGAGCUGAAGGAAGAGAGCGUGCCUGACGGAGAGCAGAGAGCUGAAAUCACUGAGGAGCCUGACGCCACAGGUGACAGCAAACCAGCCAAUGGGACGGCAGACAGCAGCUCAAAGAGCCAAUCAGGCUCCGGCAAAAAGCUCUCCCUCUUCAGACGCCUCUCCUUCUCCAGGUCGAAGCAGGCCAACGACAGGGACCAAACCCCAGCGGAGGGCUCCACCAGCGGGGAGGCAGCCGUCCAGGGAGAGCCUCCGUCCCCGGCCACCGGCGGGAGCAGCCACCCAGGGACGAACAGAGGCGGAGCACAGCAGAAAUCCCUGCCGCCUGCAGCCAGAGGGCCUCGCUCUGGUGCCUGUACCGUGCUGUGAGCACAGGGCUAAACUCUCAGGUGAACUCAGUCGUCUCCAGAAGUCAGACCAAAGUGAGAAAGGUUCACUAGCAAAACACUUUACUGUGUUUUCAAGCAGCUCUUCCCUCCACAGCGUCCUCCAGCUCCUCUGAGGUGUUUGAACGUUUUCAUGUGAAGCCACGACAGAGACGCAGUGUCUCCGUCCAGAAUCAUCGUCCUCCAGUGGUUUAGACUCUGUGCGUCAGUACACUGUCACAUCACUGUCAGGUGUUGGAUUCACAGCAGUUAAAACAGACAGAGUCACAGCACAAACAAAUAUGUCCAGAUUACCAACUAACUAUUGAUUAUUUUCACAAUUGAUUCAUCUGCAGAUGAUUUUCCUGAUUAAUCGAUGAAGUGUCAGAAAACAUUGAAAAAUGCUGAAGUGAUGUCAGAUGUCCAACUAAUGCUCAGAUAUUCAGUUUAAAGUCAUGUUUGAGAAGCAGAAACCAUCACAUGUAUACAUACAUACACAUAUUUACCAUCAUAUUCAUAUCAAAUAUUCACAUUUUAGAAGCUGGAACCAGAAUUUUUGUCAUUUUUUGCUUAAGAAAUAAGUGAAACAUCAGGUCACUUAUCAACAUUGUUGCUGAUUACUUUUCUGUCGAUCGAC